CCUCGCGGCCGGCGCUUGCCCCAUGCGCUUCGGCCCAAGUCGCUCCUUUUCGCUGCGUGAUAAUCAUUUGAGGGACCCGUCGCUGCGACAAAAUUCUCCGCGAGCUGCAAUUUGGGGCUCGCCCAUCCCCUCAUUCUGGGUACCCCGGGCGUGCAGUGGCUUGACCACCAGGGCCGUCUGCACCAGGGCCGUCUGCUCGAGUGCUCCUCAUCAGCCUCUUGGAAGUCGGGAUUGGAGUCUGGACUCGACGCGCCCUCGCGGUCGGGGCGCCUUCGUCGCCCUCGUCGCCCUCGUUGCACGCGUCGCACUGACUGGGGAUCCGUCGCAGCUGUGCCGGAAGGGCCUUGGAGGACCAUGCAAACACGCGUUUUCCCGGUGGCCUGGUUCGUCUCGUCGAUCACCAGAUCAGCCGAACCUGCCACCUGCCCUUCCUCCACAAAUCCUGUCCCUCACUUUUUUGGUUCGUGCCGGGGUGGCUGGUGCAAACAAAGAUCGCUGGCAGGGCCGGCCUGCUGGAAACAUCGCGGCCGGCCAGCAACUUAAAAGAUGAGACGAAAAUCGCCCUACCAGCCAGAACCUGCCGCCUCGUCUCGUCUCCCUGGCGCUGACGCUGACGGCUCUGACGCUGACGGCCCUGACAGCUGACCAUGCUCUGGCUCUGCAGCAUGUUCUCUGCCUGUCUCGCUCUCGACGACAAGGCCCCUGGACCCCCCCAGCGAGACUCGAGCUCAAGCCAUCGCCUGCACCGGGCCAGCUCCAAGCUCGCCUCCUAUUGGGUGGCUUGGUGCAGAGCGCCAUUGUUUCGAAACACUUGAUGGCAGCGGUGAUGCUCCUGGGCGCGUUUCAGGUGCUGCGAUCCACCUCACAAAUUCGACAAUUCCACCUUUCAGCUUCGGGAACAACGUUGGCAGGGAACCCCCCAUCUCCGCAACCUGCAAUGGCACUCAUGAGAUCAGAGGUGACCCUGCUGCCUCGUUGCUUGCCCAAACUGCCCCCCUGCCCUGCCCAUCCGCGCAGCUCGACUUUUUCUUUCCUUGGGUUCUGGCCAGUGCCUCCGACAAUGACUUCCAAAAAGUAAUUCAUCCUCAAACAACAAGGCCGGUCAGCCCAGGUCCAAUUUCACUUCUCUCCAGCUGGCCUGACUCGCGGUUGCGCCUCGACUCCCGGAAGCAGCUCGCGCGAGUUUGUUUAUCACGAGCCACCACGGGACGCUGCCUCCAGUCUCUUUUCACCAGCGGUGAUCGGGCUAGGUCUCACUGGUUUGAGCUCUUUUAUCACCAUUUCUUUCUUCCGACCAAGCUUGACAGGUACAUGCCAUCGCGCCCACCCACCGCAGUCGUCAUCCCUCGGCUAUUUGCUCCCGCUGCUCCAGCAACCAGGCCCUGCGGUGACCCGCGCCAGCCCUCGACCUUCACGACCGCCGACCACGCCUGACCAUCAUAUUUAACCUUGAUUGCCAUCCGACACUGGAGCGCAGAUGGACAAUCAGGACAAGCCCUCGAGAGAGAGCUUGGACAGCCUUGCCCUCGCCAGGCAGCACGUCCGCGCCCUCACCGACGGCGGGGUGUCGCGCCAGGCUCUGCUACGCGCCCUCCUCGAGCAGGAAGAGGCCAGCAAUGAGCUCCCCGCCUUGCCUUCUCUCCCCUCCCACUCCUCGCCACAAACUAAACCGAAGUCGAAUCCCAUCUCUCGAACGCUGUCCCUCUCUCAGGCAAAGUCCAAAAAAUCCCACUGGUCCAUCUCCAGCCCUCGUCGCCCGCAAGAGGAUGAGGAUCGGCCUCGCAGUUCAGAUCAGCUAUCGACGUCGACCACAAACUCAGGGUCGAGGAACAGCUUGCUGUCCACCGAGACCUCACUAUCCUCCCGGUCAAGUACCAUCACUCAGUUUCCAGGUACCGAGCUUCCCGGCAAUAGGCCAACUUCGGCAAGUACAAGGGCCUACUGGUGCACAUCAUGUGACACGGAGUUCAAACGGAAGUUUGACUGGAAGAGACACGAGGAUGAAUUCCACGAGCGUUACAAGAAGUACCCUUGUCCCGACUGCAAUCGGGUGUUCUGGGGCGCCAACACUUUCAAUCAACAUCAUAAGACACGUCAUAACUGCAAGACAUGCCCACAUGCCGACAAGGUGAUUAAGUACACCCGAAAGAAGCGUGCCUGGGCUUGUGGUUUCUGUGCCGCCUUCCUCCCGUCCAUGGACCGGUACAUUGACCAUAUUGGACUGCACUACGAGGCAGGGAGGACCAGGGCUCACUGGUAUCACUCUAACGUCAUCUACGGCCUGCUGCAUCAGCCUGGUGUGAACACGGCAUGGAAACAGAUCAUAGGUGCACGCUUCAGCCAUAUCCCCAAAGACGAGCAACCCCGUUACGGAUGGGAAGUCAAGACGACAGGGAGAAAGCAGGGGUUCCUGGAGAACGAGACCGCAGGAAACCUGCAGGAUCUCCUUGAGUUUUUCAACCCCACAAAGGAUGAUCCCGCCAAAGUCGCCCGGCUGGCGUUCGAGAUGGCGGAAUUGACUCCGGCAACCCAGUCACCAGGGAAGUCCCCCGAGGACAAGUCGCAAGCUCCGCCGCCGCCGCCGCCGGCACCGAAGAGGGAGAAAUCUUCCAAGAGGAGUCACAGCGGAACACAAAAGGAGCUGUUGCCCCCGCCCCCGUCCAUGAAAGACAGGCCCCUGACCCAGUGGCCGACCAACUACCCAUCGUCUGAUAUCCACGAAUUGCCCGCCUCCGAGCCCAGCAUCCAUAGCGCUGAGCUCGACUUCGACUCAACCGCACUCCCGCAGCCGCUCUUUGUCAACGGCACUUCUCUCUCACCGCCACCAACGCAGACACAGUUCGCUCAUGCUCCAGCCCCGAGCAUCGCGAUUUCUAACGCCUCCGAUCCACCGCCUUAUGUGACGCCAACCACGCCAUUCCCCGGGAUGCCUCGGGAUACAGUGGUUGAACUCCUCAACGACUACAUCGUCCAGGAUCCCAUGCAGCCCAGGAACUCGGUCACCAUGUCCGACAUGCCCGACAUGCACCAGCUUCACAACCCUCCGCCGUUUGGCAGCUACGACGACUGGAACUCGAUAUGCUCAACAAUGGUCGACGAUUUGGCUUCGCCGAGGGGACCGCCACUGCCUCUUGCACCUCAUGAGCAGUGCCAGCCCCAGACUCAGCAUUCUGUCCGCCGCUCAGAUGUGUGGGCCACUUCGGGAGACAAUACUGAAUCUAUGUACAUGGAAGACGUCCAGGCGUGCGAUAUCAGGAUGCAACAGAUGCCGACACCAUCUAUGCAAGAGAAUAACACGAGGCGGUCUGAUGUUUGGGCCGCCACAGGCCCGCCAGAUUAUGAGGGCAUGGGAUACGAGAAUGAGGUCGCGCCACCACCGCCCCACACCAAUUGGCUGUGAAAAGCCAGAAGGCAGGUACGACCUGGUGGCACAACGUCUUUGCCUGGUGGAGUCGGAGGCCCCUGAACGCGAUACCAGCCGGUCUGACAGCUGACCAGCUGUCGAGACGAGCUUUAAUAACCUUCUUGUUGUAUAUAUACUAAUGGUAAUGACCGCAUCAGAACGGGACCGCGUGUUGGUACGGAUGCCUACUGUACUUUGAAAACCGAAAUACCCAACAACAAUCAUGUUAUCUCCUUCUGUUGUCUUUUUAUAUUUCUGUGUGUAUAUAUUUACACUGGUGGACGUGGGGCUUCCAGCAUCGACACUUUUCAGAACAAAGGAGAACUCUUUGGUUCGGUUGAGGCUCAUCCAUAGGGCGUGGCGUGGAGAAUGAAGAAGCCCUGUGAAUACCACAGACCCGCUUCUUAACAUUCUGUGUAUUUAUACUGUAUAUUAUAGCGGACGAGAGAAGUCAUGAGAAUUUAAGGACCGUGAGCAUGAAA